ACCAAGCCGUACACUGUUCUCGCGCUCAGUCUCUCAACGCCUCACACUCUUCAGGAUUCAUUGGUAUUCUGAAGUGUUUGUUAUGUGAUAUUUGUUACGCUGGAAAACAAAAUACUAUAACGAUUUUGAUUAGUUGUUGUGUUAAUGUCUUUACGUGAGUGGUACAGUUUGAUUUAUCAGCUCUUUUAUUGUUCCGACGCCAUACACACCAGAUAAUACAUAAUGCCAUACAGUAACUUGUCUCUCCCAGUCCACAACGUCCACUGGAGUACUACUGCUUCUUCAGUUCACUCGUCUACACCACCUCCCUUGCCUCUUGCAUCUGGCUGGGCCCCAGUAUUAUCUGAUUUAGCCUGUAGCACCGACCUCCAGUUCCUCGCUGACUUUGAGAAAAAGGCUCUGCACUUGCUGGACCAGCACAGCGGCCCUCAUGCACCUUCCUAUUUGCCUCAGUGGAAUCAAAGUCAGGAGAAGAUUAGAUGGCCUGGAGGUUCCAGUGGUGACUCGCUCAACACUCCCAGUGGUGACCCCUUGCACACCUCACACCACCACACCUGGAGCAGCAUUACUUACUCUAAAAGUAACAACAACUCAAAUGUGACAGAGGAGGUUGACAGUACUCAUCCCGGUGACCUCUUGACCCCUCACGACCCCAGACAUAGAAGGUCUUCGUGGUGGGCAGAUGCAAGAGACGGACACGACGACCAUGGCAGCAGCUACCAUCCUCAGGUGGUGUGCAAGUCAUCCAACACAGGGCUCUUCUCUUUCUUCGCCUUCGCCAUCCUGACGCUGGACAUCACUGCAGACAUCAUGGCAACCAUAGACAUCAACAUAAACAUCACGGCAGGAACUGCAGUUAAUAACACCAAUACCAAUACCAAUAACAAUAACAACAACAACAAUAACAAUAAUAAUAACAAUGGUGGUAAUGGUGAUGGUGGUGGUGAUGGCAAUAAUAACAAUAAUAAUAAUAAUAAUAACAACAAUGGAAGAUCUCUAGACAGCUUGGACAGUGUAAUAUCCAUGGUGGCGGACUAUAUUGUUGGCCAGCCUAGGAACAGCCAGCAGCUCGUCAGCUUUCCCGUUAAUGAUGUGGUUGAUGUAAAUGGCAAAGUUGUUACACCAGAGGUCCACGACCUGAUUCAUCAGAAGGAUGAUGACGAGGGAAGAACCAACACAUUGCCCUACCACAGCGUCGCUGAAGGGAGAACCACACCAGACGACACUUACUUUGUUGCAAGUGGUCACGACACGAGAGGUGAGGAGGGUAAGAGAGAUGUCCAUCACGCGUUGUCGGUGCCCUCCGAGAGUUUCACAGACAUUCAUCGCCGAGUCAUCAGACGGCAAGGCCGUAUCCUUAGACAAAGCUAUUCGAAGAGCUUCCUCACCGCCUGGUUCGAGGAGGUUCUUGAUAUUUACCGAGCUAUUAUUUACUAACAGGUCAUUACUCUUACUUUGGUUAAGUGUUCUUUAGAUUUAUUCAUUAAUUGGUUUUACAAUGUUUAAUAUGAAGUUUGGUACUUUGAAUGCCUUAAGGCUGGCAUAUGUUAUGUUUGUCCAAACAAAGGUAUGACUGCACAUGAGUGAAUCUCACUUCUACGAAGUAUCUACCUUUUGUAGAUAUUUUGCAUUAUUAUUAAUUUCAGCAAAUAUCCUGGCAUUGGCUGAUUCAAAACAACCAAGAGAUACUGUCAUAGGGCUUUAUGGAAAAUGUUCAAAUUUAGUUUUAUGAUCACAUCGUGUUCUUUGGCUUUUAAUGGUCUCUUAUAUGUGAUUCCUUUAUUCACUUAUAAGAACAUGUGUUAAUAAAAGUUCUUGUUUCCCGAGGGUCAUUCAGACAGCCGUUAAGUUUUUCAAACCUUUCAAAAACUGUAACUGUAACUCAUAUGAACAAAGAACACAUGCUUAGUAACAUCUUAUUCUCGUUAAACAUAGAAAAGAAAUAUCACAUUAUCAGAUCUUGUAUAUACUGAACAUCAGUGACUUGUAAAAAUGGUGUUGACCUUAAGUUUUGUGUAAUAGCUGAUGCCACUCCUGAAGUUGAUUUACAGGAUUUUUUUUAUUUAUUUACCUCUUAUUUUCAAUAUUACAGUAUAAUCAGAUAUAGAGCUCUGAACUAUCAUAAUUAUAAGGCCUUUCUAAUUAUAUAGGAUACGUACAUAUAUUAUUUUUAUCUACCUCUUUGUAUGCUCUUCUUAUGAACUGGCCAAGUUGAAGAUACAAAUAUCCUGAACACGACGACCGAGAAGCAGUUCAGUGCUCCUGUGACGUGAAAUGGGAUGAACAAAACUACUGACAGUAAAGGAAACUAUUUAUAAACUGAGACUUCAAUAAAUUCUGACUCUCUUC